CGCUACGCACCAACUCACAAAUAGCUAACUUUCUCCAAGAACUGUCCGCAGAGUUAAGGUCAGUAAUUCUCGAUCAGCUUCUCUUCUCAAUUCUCCUACCUCUAUCUAUCUUUUCAUCGAAUAAUAGCUCUCUCUUUCUCUCUGCUUCUUUCUCCCUCGCUUUUGUUUGUUUGCACUUUGCUAUAAUCUUCUUCGUUAGUGCGGUUUGCCCAGGCAUCCGUGCAAACGUAUACGUGCCUUUAAAUUUUAGUGUAUGCCCUAAUUCUGUCUCGUUUGGUUUUUCUGCAGCAACAUGAAAUCUGAGGGGUACAGUCCGAUGGAGAAGAAGCCGCUGGGAGUGCUCGCCGCUCUCGACGCCGCCAAGACCCAAUGGUACCACUUCACGGCCGUCGUCAUCGCCGGCAUGGGGUUCUUCACCGACGCCUACGACCUCUUCUGCAUCUCCCUCGUCACCAAGCUCCUCGGCCGCAUCUACUACACCGACCCCACCUCCCCAAAACCUGGAUCCCUCCCGCCCAACGUCGCCGCCGCGGUCAACGGCGUCGCCCUCUGUGGCACCCUCGUCGGGCAGCUCUUCUUCGGCUGGCUCGGCGACAAGCUCGGCCGCAAGAAGGUCUACGGCAUGACCCUCGCCAUCAUGGUCUUCUGCUCCAUCGCCUCGGGCCUCUCCUUCGGCCAGACCGCCACCGGCGUCAUCUCCACGCUCUGCUUCUUCCGCUUCUGGCUAGGGUUCGGCAUCGGCGGCGACUACCCUCUCUCAGCCACAAUCAUGUCCGAGUACGCCAAUAAAAAGACACGCGGCGCGUUCAUCGCCGCCGUUUUCGCCAUGCAAGGUUUCGGCAUUUUGGCCGGAGGCAUCGUUGCCCUCAUCGUCUCCGCAGCGUUCGACCACGCGUUCCACGCCCCACCCUACGCCGUCGACAGGCUCGCCUCCCUCCCGCCUCAGGCGGACUACGUCUGGAGGAUCAUCCUCAUGUUCGGCGCCAUCCCCGCCGCGCUGACCUACUACUGGCGCAUGAAGAUGCCCGAGACCGCGCGAUAUACCGCUCUGGUUGCCAAGAACGAGAAGCAGGCUAACGAGGACAUGGCGAAGGUCAUGGACUUCAAGCCCGACGAGGCACAGGAACAGGAAAAGGUUAAAACGAACACAGCAAGCAACCAGUUCGGGCUGUUCACGCGCGAGUUCCUCAAACGACACGGGCUCCACCUCCUGGGGACCACGUCCACGUGGUUCCUCCUCGACAUCGCGUACUACAGCCAGAACCUGUUCCAAAAGGACAUCUUCACGGCCAUCAAGUGGAUCCCACCGGCCGCGACGAUGAACGGGAUCCACGAGGUGUUCAAGGUGGCUAGAGCACAGACGAUUAUUGCACUCUGCGGUACGGUCCCCGGGUACUGGGUCACGGUGGCGCUGAUCGACUGGAUGGGGAGGAAGAAGAUUCAGCUGGUCGGGUUCAUUGGCAUGACGGUGUUCAUGUUCGCGCUGGCGAUUCCGUACCACCACUGGACGCUGGAAGGGAACCACGUGUGGUUUCUUGUCUUCUACGGGCUGACUUUCUUCUUUGCGAACUUCGGGCCCAACGCGACGACGUUUAUCGUCCCCGCGGAGAUAUUCCCCGCGAGGCUGAGGUCGACGUGUCACGGGAUAUCGGCGGCGGCGGGGAAGGCCGGGGCGAUCGUGGGGGCGUUUGGGUUUUUGUACGCGUCGCAGUCGACGGAUCCGGCGAAGGUGGAUAAAGGUUAUAGCACUGGGAUUGGGAUGAAGUGGUCGCUGAUAGUGAUGGGAUUCAUUAAUUUGGUGGGGUUUUGUUUCACGUUUCUGGUGCCGGAGUCGAAUGGGAAGUCGCUGGAGGAGUUGUCCGGCGAGAAUGAGGCGGAGGAGGAGGCCAAGGGCGGCAGGGAUGUCAGUCCCGUAUGAGAUCGAUCUUUUUGCAUGGCUACGAACUUAAUUUGGUAGUAAUUUGGAUUUUUGUUGUUGAUUUAUUUAUUUGUGCGUUGAUUCAUGGUCGGUUAGCUGUAAUUCACAACUUCUAUAUUUGGAUAUUUUAAUUUUGUGAAUGAAUUUCACUAUUUGCU